AUGACAAAAUUACUGCAAGGGGAAGGAAUAAAAGCUUCGAGAUCAGCAGUGAGCUCUUUUCUGUCUCGAUAUCGACGAACUGGCAGCAUUCAAGAUGCGAAGAGAAGUGGCAGAAAAACAAAAUUAAGCAAUGACCAUGUCAAAUUCAUUGACGAUAGAAUGAAAGAAAACGACGAGCUUACAUCGGCAGAGUUGACAGAAAAAUUGUCGAAGGAAUGCCAUGUCGAAGUGUCCGCAACCACUGUUCGUGGGGUCAAACGAAAUGUACUUGUUUGGAAAAGCGAAACUGCUCGUUAUUGCCAAUUUGUCCGCGAACCAAAUAAGAUGAAAAGAUUUAUAUUCGCUUCCAAUGCUUUGCUCAACAAGGACACGUUUGAAGACGUGAUAUUUACCGACGAGACAAUUGUUCAAAUUGAACAGUAUGCCAGGAUAUGCUUCCGAAAAGAUGGCAGUCAACCCAAACGAAAAGGACGCCCGAAGCACCGUCUGAAGGUAUGUAAACAUUUUUCAAAUAUAAAAGUAUAUUAUGUAGCAUGGAUCAUUUAGUUAUUUCCCUACCCCUCUGAAUGCAAGAAAUAUACUGGCCUGUGUCAAUAUGAAGAAAUACAGGUCACUGCCAUGCUAACCUGAAAUUCAGGCCCUAAUUUAGAAUAGGGCCUGACACAAAACCUGUCUAAACCGUGGACGCCCACAUGUUAUUUUUAGACACAGUCAUACAAUAUGAUUGACAAGUGUUGUAGAUUUUAUUGCACGAAAAUAAAUACGAAAAAUAUAAAGAUAUUCAUUUCAUGUUGGAUUAUUUGUUUUUAUAUUCUCAUGAAAAUGUUCGCAGAGUGUGCAUUUUGCUUUUUAAACAUAAAAAUUCAAGGUACUUUUAAGAGUUCAGUUUCUCUAUUUAUUAAUCUAACCGACCAGCAAACAAAGAUUUAGUCAGUUCUGCGCAAGGACUGAAUUCAAAUAGUUUUGUUCUCUCCGAUCUACUUUCCGCAAUAUAGCUCAGAUAUUCAACGCCGAUAGGACCUGAUAAUAAGACUUUCACCGAAGCCAGUUGGCAGAAUGGCAAAGACAUCUUGGGCCUUGGCUGUCAACAACAAGCUUUCGAAUGCACGACUUUUGCUGUUCUUUCAGCGUCGUGUGUCCAAACUUCGUCAAAGUGAAAGAUUUUGAUAAAGCCCUUUCAAAAUACUGUGUGUUUGAUUUAUUUUCUGCCAUAAAGCAUAUUAAACAAAAGAAAUUCGAAGAAAUUCGACAAUACUAUUACGAUAAUCACAAUGGAAUUGGAUCGUUUGACCUUGUCACAUUGACCGAGCUAUUUAUAAAAUAUUGUUUAUGUGAACUUGCAACCAAUCAAAAUCUUUCAUGAUGCUGAUCAACCAAUCAGAUUUCCCGUCCACCAGAUGGACGGGAAUCCCACGGUUUAGAUAGGUUUUGUGUCAGGCCCUAUUUCAAAUUAGGGCCUGAAUUUCAGGUUACUGCCAUGCAGGCAGAGAAUACCAAUACAGUUCACUGCCAGGCCAAAGGGGCCCAGACGGGUAUCAGUAUAUAAUAAAUAUAUAAUUAUAGAAUAUACUACACAGUAAAAUUUGUGAUGAAUUUUAUAUUUUAAAAUGAUAUUUACUUGCCUUUACUUUGAUUGUAUGUGAUCGUCUUUUACUUCUGGGCGACUUUACACUCUGUGCCUGCGACUGUCAUCAUUACUAUCACCUAUGUUGACAGUCGCAGGCACAGAGUGUAAAGUCGCCCAGAAAAUAUGAAAGACGAUCACAUACAAUCAAAGUAGGCAAGUAAAUACCGUAAACCUCCGAAUAUAAGCCCCCCGAAUAUAAGCCCCCCCCCUGAAUAUAAGCCCACCACAUGUACUAAUGCUCACCUCAUUCCAAAUAUAAGCCCCCCCCAAUAUAAGUCCCCCAAAUAUAUAGGCCCAGUAGCCCACUACGUUACUCAACAUUGACAUUGUCUUUCAAUAUGACAUUGUCUUUCAAUAAACCCAUGCCAUAUUUAUACCCAAUAUAUGCCAUUGAACCAUAUAAUAACCGUGCAGUAUUUGUUCUUUAAAUUAUAGGUGCAUGUAUGGGGAGGAAUUUCAAAUCGAGGUGCAACUUCUGUUUGCAUUUUUACUGGAAUUAUGGAAAGCAUUGGGUAUCAAAAUAUCCUGGAAAGAAAUUUACUUCCAUUUAUCAAAAAGACCUACCCUGAUGGCCAUAGAUUAUGGCAGGACAAUGACCCAAAGUACACAAGUAAUUCUACAAAAGAUUGGUUUAUACGAAACGGAAUUAACCAUUGGAAAGCACCACCUGAGUCACCAGUAAGUUGUGCUAUAUUAGAGUCUGUUAUUACAGUAGUUGCCGUGAAUAAAUUUCACUUGCCAUCAGACAAUGGCCACUGGGUACCUAGGUAGGAGGAAUAAAUUAACCCAUUGAGUCGCAUUGAACCCUGAUGCACCCUACUUUAGUAUUUUACUCUAUCUAACGCCAGAGUAUUUUACUCUGUCUAACGCCAGACGAUUUUACUCGUCAAGGGGAGAGCGCUGGCGCUUAAUGGGUCAACUCCUCAUACUGUACAAUUUGAUAAACCAUUCCUUAUUUAUUGCCACACUGGUAUUCUGUGGUACAUUAGGAUUUUAUGCACAGAAUGUCUGAUUUAAAAAUAAUAGAAUAUGCCAAAUCUAACCCCAAGACCUCACAGGAAGAAAAAAAUAGUGAAAAACUAUACUAAAAAAAAUACUUAACAGGCUAUAUUAUAUACAUUUCACAAAAGAUAUGGAACAUAUAAAUUUGUGUGGUAUUCUGUGAUACAUACACCCAGUGUGAGACCAGAAAAUUGUCAAUGUUGUCGGAAAAUUGUCAAUGUUGUCGGAAAUUGUCAAAGUUGUCGACAGGGGGGGGGGGGGAGAUUUAAAAUGUAUUGUAUUUCCACCAACCGAUCAUUUGAAAUCACCUUUUGAGAUGGAUUAUCCUAGGCCUUAUGAAACACACUAUAAGCGCAUACAAUGUGGGUACAAGGUUGCUCACAGCCUCACGCUCCAAUAAACCUUAGAGACUUUGGCAUCCAGGGUGAUGCAUGAUGUAAUAUUCAAAUUCCCCCCCCCCCAAAUUGGCCUCUAUUUAUUUUUUAACUUGUAUUUUUAGCUUUUAUGAAGGAUUGAAAUUUACUUUUGUAUCUCACAGGACUUGAACUGCAUUGAAAACUUGUGGGCAGCCUUAAAGCAUCACAUCAGGAAAUAUGUUAAACCGAAGAAUAAAGAAGAGCUUGUUGCAGGAAUUAAAGAGUUCUGGAGCCAACUCACCAUUGAAACAUGCAGAAACUACAUACGUGGCGUUCAUAAAGUUUUACCAGCCAUAGUAGCAAGUGAAGGUGGUCCACAACAAAGUACUACUGAUGGCACAGUGACAAAAUAUCAAUUACAAGUAGAAAGUUACAUUACUUUUUUAAAUAAUAGGUUUUGUCAAUAA